UAUAUUUAGUAUACAGUUUUGCGCUCCGACAGUCAGGUUGUCAGUGCAGGUGUUUUAUUCACGUUCAAUUUAAGAAGCAUUUGUAACACAGCAAUUAUAGGCUUAUAUUUCUAUCGUUGAGUCAUCUGCACUCCGGGAAGUCUAAUUGUGCAAAUUCCUGUUGUUCUUAAAGCUAAAAUUAAAAAUGUCCUGGUAUUAUACCCCGAAACCAACCGUAGUCCCGGCGGAAGACAUCGAUGCUUCGGCCGAUGCCAAUGCGUUAAGGGCCGCUAUGAAAGGGUUUGGAACCGACGAGCAAGCCAUCAUUGAUAUUUUGUGCACCAGAAGCAACGCUCAGCGUAUGCAGAUUCUCGAGACGUAUACCAGCGAACUGGGAAGGGACCUGAUUGAAGAUCUGAAAUCGGAGCUGGGUGGAAAGUUCGAAAGCGUAAUUGUCGCAUUGUUGAUGCCAUCGGAAAAGUUUCUCUGCAAGCAGUUACACAAAGCGAUGGAUGGUCUCGGCACCGAUGAGAGCGCCCUUAUUGAAAUUCUUGCCCCACAAACUAAUGAAGAGAUUAAAAAGAUUGUCGACUGUUACGAGCAAAUGUAUGAUCGUCCAUUGGCUGAACAUUUGUGCAGUGAAACAGAUGGUAGCUUCAGGAGGUUGCUUACGAUGAUUAUCGUCGGAUCAAGAGAUCCUCAAGGGACGGUUGAUCAGGAACUAGCUGUAGAGCAAGCCAAUCAGCUGUACAAUGCCGGUGAGGGCAAGUUCGGUACUGACGAAGAAGUCUUCUACAAGAUCUUGGCCCAUGCUAGUUUUGAUCAGCUGGAAAUUGUGUUUGAUGAAUAUAAGAAGCUGUCCGGCCGUACGAUCGAGCAAGCCAUGAAGGAUGAACUGAGCGGGGAGCUGUAUCAAGCUUUGAGUGCUAUUGUGGAGUGCGUUCAGAUGGCUCCGCAUUUCUUCGCGAAACGCUUGCAUAAGGCAAUGGAUGGUGCUGGUACGAACGAUGCCAGUCUGAUUCGUAUUAUUGUCUCGCGCUCGGAGCUGGACUUGCAGAACAUCAAAGACGAGUAUGAGCAAAUGUACAACAAAACGUUGCUAAGUGCUGUACGGAACGAAUGCUCUGGCGACUAUAAACGGGCUCUUUGUGCUAUCAUCGGCGAUGCCUAAAUGUUCACAAACGAAAGAUACUAUCACCCCUAUUCUGCAUUUCGAUCGAUUUGAAAUAUUUCGACGGACUUGACCAAAUUCCACUCCGUAUUUCAUUCGAGUUGUUUUUACAUUUCGUUCGAUCUGUUUCCCUUCGAACAUUAAAUGUACAAAACGCUCAAAAUAGGGAAUGCCAAAUUAGAAAUCGAACGAAAUGCAAAUCCGUCGGUAUACAGAAUAGGGCUGUAGAUAUUCUAUUUAUCAUAGGUCUACGAUGUCGAACAAACACAUAUACUUCUAGAUGUUCUAGUAUUUUAGUGAAACAGUGUAAUGGUGGCAAGGUAGCACAAUCUGCAAAAAAAUAAUAUAUAUGCACCAGAUAUACUUUUUUAUAAGCAUAUACAGAAUCUUGUAUGCGAUACACUUGUACGGGCUCCAGUUUGACUUUAAAACUCUAAACAGUAAGUUUAUUACUUUCUACAUUUGAAGCUUCCAUUGCUUAGUAAAUGUCAAUGAUCAGUGUCAGCCGUUAAUUUACCCGUACAGUAUUCACGAAUCUCGAUAAUUACAUACACUAAUAUAGAAAAAGAACCCGUUAAAACAAUUUCCAAUGAUCUAUGCAUUUAUAGUUUGCCAAUGUCAUCUCGGCUAUAUUAAAACUGGGUUCAGAAUACUGAAAGUGCAAUUAAUGUGAAUCAGAAUGCCUUAGGAAUCGAAGCACAUUGCAUCAGCAACACAAAAACUUUAUAUUGUUCUGCGUAAAUUAGUUGUUCCCAGUAGCAACAAGUUUUGUUAUAAUUGUUGAUUCAGAAGGGCUUUCGCUUGAAA